GGUGGGAAUGUGGGCUACCUCAAAUCCCCAGAUUUCUCAACCGCUGGGUUAGACGAUGAACUCACCACCAGUAGCCUUAAUCUCAGGAACCGAGCAGUACUUAGGUCCAUGGAUGCUCUCUCAGAUACCAGCGAUGCUGAAGAUACGCAGGAACAGCUUAUCAUACCCAGGAGAAGAUCCAGUCGGAGUCGAAGUAUUGAUGUCAUGCCAAAGUCAAAUGGCACAGCAAUGAGCAGAACAAUAACGUCUUCAACUUACACAACCACAAGAACCCUUCACCGUGGCCUUGAUGCAGACAGUGAUGUUGAUGAUGGCAGUGAGUCUACAGUCCCAAUUCGUGCAACACCAUUGACGGCAAGAGGUGGAACACCCCUUGGCCGAUCCUCAACACCACUCACUAGUUUGAGAAGCAGAAACACUCACUGCUGAAAAUACCAGAGGAGGCUACACUUUGGCAAAGGGGGCCAUUGCUGAAGACAUCGAGGAAGAAGAUGAGAAACCCAAAAAUACUAUUGUGGCAUGGAGUCAGAAGACCUGGGAGACUGUGGUGCGAAUCACAAUGAUAAUGACCACCUCAGUGAUAGCCAUGGCCACA